AUGCCGGCGAUCAAUAUAGAGGAUCUGAGCGAAAAGGAUAAGCUGAAAAUGGAAGUUGAGCAGCUCCGGAAAGAAGUGAAGUUGGAAAGACAACCGGUGUCCAAAUGUUCUGAAGAUAUAAAGAACUACAUUGAAGAAAGAUCUGGAGAGGAUCCUUUGGUCAAGGGUAUUCCUGAAGACAGGAAUCCCUUUAAAGAGAAAGGAGGCUGUGUCAUUGCAUGA